AGGUACAGCAGGACAGCAUAGAGUGGGCACUGCUGGACCUGUUGCUGCCGGCCACUAAAGACUUGAGCAGGUAACACACGCCAGACCAGAGAUGUUCGUUUCAGUUGUGUCGACACCCCAGGCAGCAUGUGGCCCAAGACCUGAGGCCCCCCAUGGGCCCCCACCACCCUUGCUGCCCAAACCUGGAAAAGACAACCAGAGACUUCAGAAGCUACUGAGAAAAGCCGCUCGGAAGAAGAUGGUGGGAACAACCCUCGCCCCACCUGGGGCCUUCCGUACCUCCCUGUCCCCCGUGAGUGAGGCCAGUCAUGACCUGGAGACCACCGUCCAGCGUCCUGCUGAAGCCCCUCACUUGGUGGUCCCCCUGCCCCGCUCACCACAUAUCCCCAUUGUUCACCACGUGGCCUCGCCCCUACAGAAGUCCACUGUCUCUUUCAGUCUUCCUCAGCAAAGGUCUCUGGCAACUCAUUUCAAGGCACCACCUAGGCUUGAAGCCCCAACCCCAGAAACUUCCUGGCCCCGCAAUGGCUUUGCCCAUGUAUCUGCCCCUACAGCAGCUGGUACCCACAUCACCCAAGUGCAUAUCCGGCUGUCACCAUCCUCGCAUACUGGGACGUCUGAGUCCCCCAGGGUGGCCCUGGAUGGGGAUAAAAGCCUGCGUAAAUCUCAUACCCAGCCUCUCAUCCCAGUAGCACAUAUUCGCCCACUGCCCACCGGGGUGCAGGCAGUCAGUCCUGGGCCUGAGGAGCCCCCUGUAACAAGGCCACCACCCAGUUUUCAGGCCUCAACAUCCAGAGAGUCAGGUGCUCGAGUGGUGGUGCCCAUAGCCCCUACCUACCGCUCAUCUGGACCCUCACCAGCUCCUGCAGCUCCCGAAGCAGAACACCUAGAGGAGCUGCCCACAGCCAGUCUUGCCAUGGAGCCCAAGCAUGUCUCCAGCCUUCCAGCAGCUUCAGGUCCCUCGGGCCUCCCCCAAUGCCCUGUUCCCAAAGUUGCACCCAAGCCCUGCCUUAGUGGUUGGACACGCCUGAAGAAGCAACUGAUGGAGGACGCAGAGCAGCCUGCAUUUCCAGAGCCAGAGCUGAGCGUGCAGUCUAUGCAACCAGAGGUGCCAGCCCCCAUGGUCCCACAGCCCCCUGCCUCCAGGGCCUCUAGGAUGUGGGACACAGUGCUGUACCGUAUGUCACUGACUGAGUCCCGUAGAAGUCACCCUGUGGGGCCCGGAGAUGGGGGACACCCCCCGGCCUGCCUCAGUCGCUUGCCUUUUCUGUGCCGACCUCGCUUCAAUGCCCGGAAACUACAGGAGGCUGUCCGGCCUGCUCCUACACUGCACCCCAUCCUAGAGCUACACUCCCAGCCCAAGAACUUCAACCGGACAGCAGCAGGUUGGAGGCUCCAGUGAUGUAGCCAGAGUGGCCUCCGGGACUCUGGACUGGGGUGGACAGAGACUGACUGAGACUGAGCAUACAGAGAGAGGGUCUCAGUCCUCACAAGUGAACACAAUAGGUCAGGAUAGUGCAUGGCCAUGGCAGCUGGCUGCUGGCUGCUCAAAGGAACCUAUUAGAUAGACACAGAAGAGUUGGUGGGAGCGGAAGUGGCAAGUGAGAGAGGUGGAUGAAGCGGAGAGCAUGUGUCUGGAGGCAGUUUGGAGUUGUGGAGGAGAAUGCAAGUUGGAGAAUAUUUAUGGAUGAUGAGAGCCUGACCUCAGGACCAGGGUCAUAGAGGGCUUUAGGCCCAGUGCAAGCUGGUUUGGGUGAGAGGUAUUCAGAGGUACAUAGGACUGGGCAGUGGAGAAAGGAUGUUCUGUGGUCUCAUGUGUGU